UGGGGGGGUGGAAGCGGGCUGAUCGCGUCGAGUUUCACAACACUCAGAGGACUGAAGUGACAAGUGCGAAGGAGCGAAUUUGGAGAAGACGUCAGUGUUUCCAAUGCAGUGCGACUUUUGGAGGACAUGUAGGCAACUUUGUUUUUGGACGUGAACGUCACUUCAGGUCUGUUCUCACGGAUCUUUUAACAGCUGACGGAGCCUGUGAAUAUCAUGAUGACCCAUGCUGGUGAACUCGCCGCCCUGCCCCGCACCGCCUACCGCGACCCAGCGCACACACAGCUGGGUAAAGGACAGUCCUCGACCUCACUUCACCUGCAGCGGCCGCUGCAGCUCGAAUAUGACGGACUCACGAUGGGGCACCUCGGAGUGACCGAUGUUGCGCAUUCAGUCGGGAGCGCGCAUGUGAACAUGGGGAACAGUAACGUAGUCUGUCACGGAGUGCGCAUCUAUUCCCACUUUCCAGGCCCCGGCUGCGCAGCGGCGUCACAACUGUCGGCCAGCAGACACCUGCAGAAACUGAACACGCAGUAUCGGAAUCACGGGCAACCGGCAUUCCGUCACCAGGAUCACAUGAACGAGCCACAGACUGUUAACUACCCCGAGCGGUUUGGAGACGGCAGCGACUCGGCGCACUCCGGUGCGUCUGAACGGUCUCCGGCGGCACUCCAGGAACACGUCCCCGGAAUAGACUCUGACCUGGUGGACGAGGAGGUUCUGAUGGGUCUGGUGAUAGAGUUCGGUCUGGACCGUGUGAAGGAGCUACCGGAGCUGUGGCUCGGACGCAACGAGUUCGAGUUGGUGGCGGACUUUGUGUGCAAACAGCAAACCAGAGUGAGCUGAGUCAAGAGAGGAAGUUCGUUUCAGGACCUGUGGCUGAAGCUACGGCAGAGCGCAGUCUGUGGGGUUCCUGCUCUACUGCCGGAGCGAGGACUUCUGAUUACAGUGAUGAUAUCCAAAUCCACUGAUCAUCCAUCUCUUGAACCCUGCCUUUAUUUCUUAUGUCACAUAGCUACUUCAUGCCUCAGC